AAAGCUCAGCGUCCUUCAAAAACAACCCAAAUACUGGAAAAUUCAUCAAUCCAUAAUCGACCGGUGAAAAUGCUCAUCUUUAACAUAGCGUAGCAAUUUCAUCACUUCUAGGUUUACAAGCAUAUCAAAUCAUGUGGAGAAACGGCGUCGUGCGACGACUGCUGUCUCAUUCCCAAUCUCAGAACCAAAAUUCAUCGACUAAAUUAGGGUUUCUAGUCAACAGAAAACCCGAUGGCGUUCCUUGUCGUGCCUCCUCCUCAUCGGCCGCAGCCACAGCCACAGCCACAGCUACAGAUACCGCUACAGCUGCAGCCGCUGAUCUCUCGUCCCUGGUUCGCCACUACGGUCGUUGCUAUUCGGAACUCGCUAAAGCUCGCCUCAGCCUGUUAGUUGUUGCAACAUCAGGAACUGGAUUUGUGCUAGGAAGUGGAUCCGCUAUUGACAUAGUUGGACUUUGUUGGACUUGUACUGGAACUAUGAUGGUUGCUGCUUCAGCUAAUUCUUUAAAUCAGGUAUUUGAGAUAAAGAAUGAUGCUUUAAUGAAGCGAACAAUGCGAAGACCACUGCCUUCAGGCCGCAUUUCGGUACCGCACGCUGUUGCCUGGGCAGCAUCUGUUGGUGUAGCUGGCACUGCUUUAUUGUCUUGCAAGGCUAAUAUGUUGACAGCCGGGCUUGCAGCCUCUAAUCUUAUUCUUUAUGCAUUUGUAUACACACCAUUGAAGCAAAUUCACCCAAUAAAUACAUGGGUUGGUGCCGUUGUUGGUGCUAUUCCUCCCCUUCUCGGGUGGACUGCUGCUGCCGGCCAGGUUACCCUAAAUGGAAUGCUUCUCCCUGCAGCUCUCUAUUUCUGGCAAAUACCACACUUCAUGGCUCUUGCGUACUUGUGCCGUACUGAUUAUGCUGCUGGAGGGUAUAGGAUGCUAUCACUUGCUGAUGCUUCUGGUCACAGAACUGCUUCAGUGGCACUGAGAAAUUGCUUGUAUCUGAUUCCAUUGGGAUAUUUGGCCUAUGAUUGGGGAGUGACUUCUGGAUGGUUUUGUCUUGAAUCGUCGCUCAUCACUCUAGCAAUAAGUGCUGCAGCAUUGUCAUUCUACCAAGACCGGACUACUCAAAAGGCCAGAAGGAUGUUCCAUGCCAGCCUCCUGUAUCUUCCCGUAUUUAUGUCGGGACUCCUCUUUCACCGUCUCACUGAUAACCAACAAAGCCUUACAGAACAAAAUUCAGAGAAAAUGAUUGAGCUUUCAUCUUCCACAGAAACUAUAGUCAAAGAGAGCAGAAAUUCUGGCAGGAAGAACAAGCCAAACAAUACCUCUGUUGACAGAAAAGCACAGCCACCUGUAGCAUAUGCGUCUGUUGCACCAUUUCCUUUCCUGCCUGCUCCUUCCUAUGCCCCCUGAUAUGUAUUGAGUCCUCAAAUUUCUUUUGGUUAACAUAAUAAAUGUGUGAAGGGAACCGUGUAAGAUUUCUGGGUUUUCCAGAACACUUUGGGGGAUUUUUUCCUGUUUUCCUCAUUUCUUUGGGUGGAAUAAGUUUUAUUUUGUUUUCCGGGUUGAUUAUUUUUUAUACACAGCUGAGGGAGGAUAAGAGAAUGAUCUCUAAUCGUGUUGAUCAUUUUAUAAUUUGAGUUUCAAAUGUAAAUGCAUAUAUUAUUGGGUUCUGGGUAUGAUUA